UUUUGCUGCAAAGGUAAGGGCUUUCACAGUUCUCAGAUUCGUAUUUUUCUUCAAUAAAAAUCCGCACUUGACUCAAAAAACUUCAACUAUUUGCUCCUCCAGGUCGUACCCAGAUCCAAUUUCUUCAUAUUUAAGCUAAUCAUUACUCUCAAUUUCUUUUAACCCAUUGUUUUUCUUGCAGGUUUGAUUCUUACAGAUAAAUUCUAAUGGCCAACAAGUAUAAACCUAAGCCUAAACCAAGCCAACUGCCUGUUUACCUCUACAUUCCUAAUAUUAUUGGUUAUAUAAGAAUUAUCUUGAAUUGCUAUGCUUUUGCUAUAUGCUUUUCCAGCAAAAGGCUUUUUUCUGCUCUCUAUUUUCUAAGCUUUGUUUGUGAUGCUGUGGAUGGUUGGUGUGCUCGUAAAUUCGACCAAGCAUCGACAUUUGGAGCUGUUCUGGACAUGGUAACAGAUAGGAUUAGCACUGCUUGUCUACUGGUUAUACUUUCCCAAGUGUAUAGGCCUAGCUUGGUUUUCUUGUCUUUGCUAGCCCUAGAUAUUGCUAGUCACUGGCUGCAGAUGUACAGCUCACUUCUAGAGGGUAAGGCUAGUCAUAAAGACGUGAAAGACAGCUCCUAUUGGCUUUUCAAGCUUUACUAUGGGAACCGGAUGUUUAUGGGUUAUUGUUGUGUGGCUUGCGAGGUUCUUUACAUAGCAUUAUUUCUUAUUUCGAAGAACCAUACGGAAGAUUUGAUGGAUGUUGUAGUGUUUACCCUGAAAGAGGGUUCACCUCUUUCUGUUCUUGUUGGUAUAAGCUUAUUUGGAUGCUCAAUCAAGCAGAUCAUCAAUAUUAUAAAGAUGAAGUCAGCAGCAGAUGCAUGUGUGCUUUACGACACUGAAAAAAAGCAGAAGCCAUAGCCAAUUCGAGUUUCCAAGAGCAGAGUUUUGUUCCUGGCAUCAAGUGCGUAAAUCUGUGACAUUAAGGUAUAGAUGGUAACACUGGUGUCUCUCAUUCCAAAUAAAUAAAAAUUCAGGAUGACAAGGCAUCCCCACUUCUCCUGUUUUAAGAAAUCAUCGAUGCAACCAAAUCACAUGGCUUGCCUGCUUAUGCCAAAGUCAUCAGGUUUGUGUUGACAGAGUAUUAAACGUGGAUCUAUGGCUGAAAAGUGUUGCAUCAUACACCUCUUUUUUUUUUUGGGGUUUAUUUUGGGUUGAGACUUGAGAUGUAGAUUCAGCUUUCUGAAACUGAAGUCCAAGUGAUUUAAUUUUAAAUUUAGCUGUGUUCGAA